AUCCAGGAAGUGCGGGAGUUGUUUUACGGGCAAAUAUCCUUCCUGACUGCGGUCCUGCUGUAAAUUAAAGCUACUUUAAUUAAACCAGACAGAAAUAUGCAUUAGAUUUUGAGCGUAAUAUAUUAUAUAUCUCAACUGAAUCGCGCGUGACAAAAAGUCAAUUAGCCAAUUCGCUUGUUUUUGAAGGCCACUUGUUAAGAGGUAACUAUCGGAGCGCUAGGGAACCUGUAGCUGCUGUCAAUCAGGUGAUCUAUGAUCGUACGGCACUGAGACCGACACUCGUCCAUCAGACAUGAGCUUCUUCGGCUUCGGACAGACCGCUGAGAUCGACAUUGUGUUGAACGACGCCGAGACCAGGAAGAAAGCGGAGCACAAAACCGAAGACGGCAAAAAGGACAAAUAUUUCCUUUUCUACGAUGGCGAAACUGUCAGUGGGAAAGUUAACGUGACACUGAAGACUCCCGGCAAAAGGCUGGAGCACUACGGGAUCAAAAUCGAGUUCGUCGGACAGAUAGAGCUGUACUAUGACAGAGGAAACCACCACGAGUUCGUGUCGUUAGUGAAGGAUCUUGCGCGACCCGGUGAGCUUUCACAGUCCCAGACCUUUGACUUUGAGUUCACCCAUGUGGAAAAGCCCUAUGAGUCUUACACUGGCCAGAAUGUCAAACUGAGAUAUUUUCUGCGAGCAACAAUCAGCAGAAGGCUAAAUGAUAUCAGUAAAGAGAUGGAUAUCGUCGUGCAGACGCUGUGCACGUAUCCAGAGCUCAACUCCUCCAUCAAGAUGGAAGUAGGAAUUGAAGAUUGCCUCCAUAUUGAGUUCGAAUACAACAAAUCCAAAUACCACCUGAGGGACGUUAUCGUAGGCAAGAUUUACUUCCUCCUUGUGAGGAUAAAGAUUAAACACAUGGAGAUCGAUAUAAUAAAGCGGGAAAGCGACUGGAACAGGGCCCAGUGUGUAUCAACGAAAACGAUGACCAUUGCCAAAUAUGAGAUCAUGGGCCGGGCGCCGACGCUGAAAGGCAUUAUUUUCUCGUGCACGUAA